AAAACUCCAAGUGCGAGCCCCCCUUGGGCUUAUCUUUCUCAAGCCCUCCCCGGCCCAGCCUGGCUCUUGAUCCCCAACAUCACAGCACUUCACCUCCAACCGUACAACACCCGAACACCAGCCAUCGUCAUCCAACAACUUCAUCAAGUUCUCCUCAAACUCAAUCUAUCCCUGAAAAGCAAGAACUAGAAAACCGUUCACCGUUUCAUGUCCGUUCAGAAUCUAACUUCUCGCGAUCCCUUCGCCGAUGUUGGCGACGAUCAAUUCACGACCACUCAACCCUCGACCAAAGCGCCGGACUACGUGCACAUCCGAAUCCAACAACGCAACGGCCGAAAGACCUUGACGACGAUCCAAGGCUUGCCCUCUGAAUAUGACCCCAAGAAGCUGUUGAAGGCCUUCAAGAAAGACUUUGCUUGCAAUGGCACCUUGGUCCCCGACGAAGAAUUGGGCCAAGUCAUCCAGUUGCAGGGCGAUCAACGCACUAAGGUCUCCCUCUUAUUGGUCGAUGCUGGAAUCCCCAAAGCGACCAUCAAGAUCCACGGUUUCUAAAUCCACACCAUCGUUAUCAGUCUUCCACCCACCCCCAUUGCCGUUCUUUUCUAGAUACUUAAAACUGUGCCUCUUAUUGUCAAGAAAGUAUGGUCCCGAGCUUGCCGAAUGCAGAUUACCCUUGGGCCGGGAAGAAGCUGGUGGAUGACUUUUUUGAUUCUCUAUUCCUUAUCGUUUUGCUUCUUUAUUGUUGUUUUGUUUUCUUUCAUUUCCUACCCAUUUACUAUACUUCAUAAGAGAAAAAAAGAAGAAGAAGAAGAAGAAGCCAAUCAUGAUCAAAUGUUUGUUGACCUUUUUUUGAGGUUUCUUGUAUCAUUGAAUCGUUUGUACUGAUCAUCCAUCAUCAGGCAAACCCUUACUCCCAACCAAGCCCAAGAGUCAGCUGUUGAUUAGAGAGAUCUAGAGUCUGUCACUCCGGCCCUCGCUGAAUACAAGCUUCCUCUGUUUGACGAU